AUGAGUAAAAAACUAACAUCCAUUCUCAAAUAUUCAUCAAUUUAUGAUUCAUAUGAACAAGUAAAUGAUAAAAAUUUAUUAAAAGAUUCAAAAUUACAAUUAAGAUGGAUUUCAUUAAGUUAUACUAAUUUUAUUUAUCCAUCUUUAAAUAUUUCAACAACACAUUCAUCCAAUAGUAGUAGUGGUAGUAAUAGUAAUAAUAGUAAUAAUAAGAAUGGUAGUAGUAAUAACAAUAAUACAUUACUAGUAUUUAAUCAAACAAGCAAGGAAACCAGUUGUCAUUCCGAUAAUGUAACAUUAUCAUCUUCUGCUAAUGAUGACAAUCAAAGAUAUUUAUCUGAAAAGAUUCCUAAUAUUUCCAAAUUGACUAGUAAUAAUAAUAAUAGUAAUAUUACAACAAGUUUAAUUUCCAAUCAAUCAUCAUCCAAUAAUAAUAUUACUAUUAGUGCUAAUAGUAAUAGUACUAUUCAAAAUACUAUUAGUAAUAAUAAUCAAUCAUCAUCUAAUGAUGACAAUAGUAUUACAAGUGGAAAAGUUAAAUGUAUAAUAUGUGGUAAGGAGUGUUUUCCAAGUUUAAUAGAUGUUCAUGUUAAUUCACAUUUUGAAAAUAAGAAUAAUUCAUCACCUAAUAAGAAAACAACACCCAAAUCAAAAUCUAGUAAUUUGUUAGAAUACUUUUCUCCUUCUAAAAAGAAGAAACAAUAA